AUGACUGGCAGGCUUUGGUUUCAUCCCAUGUGCCUUUCUUCUCCUAGGCUGUGGUCCAAGGCCACUUUUGCUGGCUACAAGCGGGGUCUCCGCAACCAGAGGGAGCACACGGCCCUUCUGAAGAUUGAGGGGGUUUAUUCCCGAAAUGAGACGGAAUUCUACUUGGGCAAGAAAUGCGCCUACGUGUACAAAGCAAAAAACAACACAGUGACUCCUGGCGGCAAACCCAACAGAACCAGAGUGAUCUGGGGGAAGGUGACCCGCGCCCACGGAAACAGCGGCAUGGUGCGAGCAAAGUUCCGCUCCAACUUGCCUGCCAAAGCCAUUGGACACAGGAUCCGAGUGAUGCUGUAUCCAUCUAGAGUUUAAAUGUGGGCAGUAAAUAAAGUUUACAGUAUAUUA